GACCCAGUUGACCCCCUUGGUUACUCUGGUCUUUCUUCUUUAAGCACUGGACGAUGUCGAAAAAAGGGUUGUCUGCCGCCGAGAAGGCUACCCGUAUGCAAGAAAUCUUUCACGAGAGUCAAGAGUUCUACCAAUACAAGGAGAUCGAGAAAAUCGCGUCUAACAAGAAGAAGAUUGUGGCGAUGACGGUCAAGGAGGUGUUGCAAGGCUUAGUUGACGACGGGUUGGUCAAGAGUGAGAAGAUUGGUACAUCCAUUUACUACUGGUCUUUUCCCUCAGACUCUCAUCACCUCCGUUCGCAGCGCAUUGCCGCACUCGAGAACGAGCUUGUGACUUUGGAGACAGUUCAAUCGUCGUUGACCAACAAUCUUGAACUCGAGAAGGCCGAACGCGUCGAAAGUGAAGAGCGUCGUGCUUUGUUAAAGGAGGUGAAGGCUUGUGAGGAGCAGGUAAAGGCAAUGAAAGAUGAGUUGGGUCGCUAUACGGAGAAUGACCCUGUCCUUCUGGAGGCAAAACGUGCUGCGGCAAACAGCGCAAGACAAGCUGCAAAUAUGUGGACAGACAACAUCUUCAUCCUCCAGCAGUACUUGAGGGAUCAAAUGGGUAUGGGAGCAGAAGAGCUCGAACAGAUGAUGCAGCAGAACGGAGUUCCGUUAGACCUGGACUCUCUCUAAAGCUGUUGUGCUAGUUUAACUGUCAAGGAUAUAUACGAUGGUAUACAGAUUGCAUGUUGCUCGGGUUUUGAUGUUGGCAGCUGGUGGAGGUGGGUUGCGUCCUUGGGUUUUUCACACGGUGGGUCCAAUAGUGACUGACUCGCCCAGCUGGAGAUUGAGUGCUCAGUGUCGAAUGGAACCCUUCGUAGCUCUUAAAAUCAACAGGCCAAACACCUAUGACAAACGUC